AUGGAGAACUGAGACACAGAGAAGUUAAGUAACUUGCCCAAGGUCACACAGCUAAGAAUUUCGAUGCCAGCCCGGAGCAGAGACUGAGCUGGACUUCUGGAGCCUCGGGUGCCAGGGGUGAUGGCACGGCAGCUCUGGGCCCUGACCCUGCUGGGCCUGGUGGGCGCGGGCACGGGCGCGGGCCUGUGGCCGGGAAAGCUGGAGUCCUUCCGCAGCGAGACGGAGCUCAACCACCUGGUGGUGGAUAACGCGUCGGGCGUGGUGUACCUGGGGGCGGUGAACGCGCUCUACCAGCUGAGUGCCGACCUGCGGCUGGAACAGCAGGCGGCCACUGGGCCGGCGCUGGACCACAAGAAGUGCACCCCGCCCAUCGAGGCCAGCCAGUGCCACGAGGCCGUGCUGACCAACAACGUCAACCAGCUGCUGCUGCUGGACCCGCCGGGGGCGCGCCUCGUCGAGUGCGGCAGCCUCUUCAAGGGCAUCUGCGCCCUGCGCUCCCUGGCCAACAUCUCCACACGCCUCUUCUACGAGGACGGCAGCGGCGAGAAGUCCUUCGUGGCCAGCAACGACGAGAGUGUGGCCACGGUGGGGCUGGUGAGCGCCACGGACUCCAACGGCGAGCGCGUGCUGUUUGUGGGCAAAGGCAACGGGCCCCACGACAACGGCGUCAUCGUGAGCACCCGCCUGCUGGACCGGGCCCACGGCAGGGAGGCCUUCGAGGCCUACACGGACCACGCCACCUACAAGGCCGGCUACCUGUCCACCAACACACAGCAGUUUGUGGCCGCCUUUGAGGACAGCCGCUACGUCUUCUUCCUUUUCAACCAGCAGGACAAGCACCCGCCCCAGAACCGCACGCUGCUGGCGCGCAUGUGCAAGCAGGACCCCUACUACUACUCCUACCUGGAGAUGGACCUGCAGUGCCUCGACCGCGGCGACGCCCCGGCCACCGCCUUCAGCACCUGCCUGGCGGCCUCCGUGGCCACCUCCGGCGCCGGGAGGGUGCUCUACGCCGUCUUCAGCAGGGACGUCCGGAGAGGUGGGGGGCCUCGGGCAGGCCUCUGUCUGUUCCCCCUCGAGGAGGUCCACGCCAAGAUGCAGGCCAUCCGCGACGCUUGCUACACGGACACGCGGGAGGCGGGCCGCGACAUCUUCUACAAGCCCUUCCAUGGCGAGAUCCAGUGUGGCGGCCACUUGCUGGGCGCCAGUGAGAGCUUCCUGUGUGGCUCGGAGCACCUGCCCUACCCAUUGGGCAGCCGCGAGGGACUCACAGCCAAUGCCGUGCUGCAGCGCGGAGGCCUGAACUUGACCGCUGUGACGGUGACCACUGAAAACAGCCACACCAUCGCCUUCCUGGGUACCUCGGAUGGCCAGGUCCUCAAGGUGUACCUGGCCCCAGACGGCAGCUCCGCGGAGUACGGCUCCAUCCUCGUGGAGCGCAACAAGAGGGUCAAGCAGGACCUAGUGCUGUCUGCAGACCUGGCCAGUCUGUACGCCAUGACCCACCACAAGGUGUUCCGGCUUCCCGUGCAGGAGUGCCUGAGCUACGUGGCCUGUGCACAGUGCCUUCGCUCCCAGGACCCCUACUGCGGCUGGUGUGUCGUCGAGGGACGAUGCACCAGGAGGGCCGAGUGCCCACGGGCCGAGGAGAGCGGCCACUGGCUGUGGAGCCGUGAGGAGUCCUGUGUGGCCGUCACGGGGGCCCAGCCGCAGAACAUGAGCCGUCGGGCCAAGGGAGAGGUGCAGCUGACGGUCAGUCCCCUCCCAGCCCUCGGCAAGGAGGACGGGCUGCUGUGCCUGUUCGGUGACUCUCCGCCCCACGCGGCCCGUGUGGAAGGGGACACUGUCAUCUGUGACUCCCCAAGCAGCAUCCCCAGCACGCCGCCCGGCCAGGACCACGUGGCUAUGAACAUCCAGCUCCUCUUCAAACAAAGCAGUGUCUUUCUCACCUCCCACCUGUACCCCUUCUACGACUGCCGGAAGGCCAUGAGCCUGGCCGAGAACCUGCCGUGCAUCUCCUGUGCCAGCAACCGCUGGACCUGCCAGUGGGACCUGCGCUACCACGAGUGUCGGGAGGCCUCGCCCAACCCCGAGGACGGCAUUGUCCCAGCCCACAUGGAGGACAGCUGCCCCCAGUUUCUGAACCCCAGCCCACUGGUCAUCCCCAUGAACCAUGAGACGGAAGUGACCUUCCAGGGCAAGAACCUGGACACAGUGAAGAGCCCCUCCCUGCAGGUGGGCAGUGACCUGAUCAAGUUUGAGGAGACUGUGAUCACACAGGAACCAGAGACCUUCGUCUUUCGGACUCCGAAGCUGUCCCACGAUGGCAACGAGACGCUGCCCCUGCACCUGUUCGUCAAGUCCUAUGGCAAGAACAUCGACAGCAAGCUCCAAGUGACCCUCUACAACUGCUCCUUCGGCCGCAGUGACUGCAGCCUGUGCCUGGCCGCCGACCCCGCCUACAAGUGCGUGUGGUGCAGCGGGCAGAGCAGGUGUGUGUACGAGGCCCUGUGCAGCAACGCCACCUCCGAGUGCCCGCCGCCUGUCAUCACCAGGAUCCAGCCCGAGACGGGCCCCCUGGGCGGGGGCAUUCGUGUCACCAUCCUUGGGUCGAAUUUGGGAGUCAGAGCAGAUGAUGUCAAGAGGGUCACUGUGGCUGGCCAGGACUGCACCUUUGAGCCGGGACGAUACUCUGUGUCUACCCGGAUCGUGUGUGCCAUCAAGGCUGCAGAGGCGCCCUUCACGGGCGGUGUCGAGGUGGACAUCAGCGGGAAGCUCGGCCAUUCGCCUCCCCACGUUCAGUUCACCUACCAGCAGCCCCAGCCCCUCGGCGUGGAGCCAAAGCAGGGGCCGCAGGCGGGCGGCACCACGCUGACAAUCAGUGGCACGCACCUGGACACGGGCUCCGAGGAAGACGUGCGCGUGACCCUCAGCGGCGUCCCCUGUAAAGUGACGCAGUUUGGGGCACAGCUGCAGUGUGUCACCGGCCCGCAGGUGGCCCUAGGGGAGCUGCCCCUAGAGGUCCACUAUGGGGGCUCCCACGUGCCCAGCCCCGGCGUCACCUUCACCUACCGCGAGAACCCGGUGCUGCUGUCCUUCCAGCCACUGCGGAGCUUUGUCAGUGGCGGCCGGAGCAUCAAUGUCACAGGGCAGGGCUUCAGCUUGAUCCAGAGGUUCGCCAUGGUGGUCAUAGCCGAGCCCCUGCAGUCCUGGCAGCGGCAGCGGGAGGCCGGACCCCUGCAGCCCAUAACGGUUGUGGGCACGGAGUACGAGUUCCACAAUGACUCCAGGGUUGUGUUCCUGUCCCCGGCCGUCCCUGAGGAGCCCGAGGCCUACAAUCUCACAGUGCUCAUUCAGAUGGACGGGCACCGCGCCUUGCUCAGGACUGAGGCUGGGGCUUUUGAGUACGUGGCCGACCCUACCUUCGAGAACUUCACGGGAGGCGUAAGGAAGCAGGUCAACAAGCUCAUCCAUGCCCAGGGCACCAACCUGAACAAGGCGAUGACACUCCACGAGGCCAAGGCCUUCGUGGGUGCCGAGUGCUGCGUCAUGAAGACGCUGACCGAGACCGACCUGUACUGCGAGCCCCCGGAGGUGCAGCCCCCGCCCAAGCGGCGGCAGAAGCGAGACACCGCACACAACCUGCCUGAGUUCAUUGUGAAGUUCGGCUCGCGGGAGUGGGUGCUGGGCCGCGUGGAGUACGACACGCGUGUGAGCGACGUGCCGCUCAGCCUCAUCCUGCCGCUGGUCAUGGUGCCCAUGGUGGUCGUCAUUGCCGUGUCUGUUUACUGCUACCGGAGGAAGAGCCAGCAGGCGGAGCGGGAGUAUGAGAAGAUCAAGUCCCAGCUGGAGGGCCUGGAGGAGAGCGUGCGCGACCGCUGCAAAAAGGAGUUCACGGAUCUGAUGAUCGAGAUGGAGGACCAGACGAGCGACGUGCACGAGGCAGGCAUCCCCGUGCUAGACUACAAGACCUACACGGACCGCGUCUUCUUCCUGCCCUCCAAGGACGGCGACAAGGAUGUGAUGAUCACGGGCAAGCUGGACAUCCCCGAGUCGCGGCGGCCCGUGGUGGAGCAGGCGCUGUACCAGUUCUCCAACCUGCUCAACAGCAAGUCCUUCCUCAUCAACUUCAUCCACACCCUGGAGAACCAGCGGGAGUUUUCGGCCCGGGCCAAAGUCUACUUCGCGUCGCUGCUGACAGUGGCCCUGCACGGGAAGCUGGAGUACUACACCGACAUCAUGCGCACUCUCUUUCUGGAGCUCAUGGAGCAGUACGUGGUGGCCAAGAACCCCAAGCUGAUGCUGCGCAGGUCUGAGACGGUGGUGGAGAGGAUGCUGUCCAACUGGAUGUCCAUCUGUCUGUACCAGUACCUGAAGGACAGUGCCGGCGAGCCUCUGUACAAGCUCUUCAAGGCCAUCAAACAUCAGGUGGAGAAGGGGCCAGUGGAUGCCGUGCAGAAGAAGGCCAAAUACACCCUCAAUGACACAGGGCUGCUGGGGGACGACGUGGAGUAUGCGCCCCUGACGGUGAGCGUGAUCGUCCAGGAUGAAGGGGUCGACGCCAUCCCUGUUAAGGUCCUCAACUGUGACACCAUCUCCCAGGUCAAGGAAAAGAUCAUCGACCAGGUGUACCGCACGCAGCCUUGCUCCCGCUGGCCCAAGGCUGAUAGUGUGGUCCUCGAAUGGCGGCCUGGGUCCACAGCCCAGAUCCUAUCAGACUUGGACCUGACCUCUCAACGGGAGGGGCGAUGGAAACGCAUCAACACCCUGAUGCACUACAACGUCCGGGACGGAGCCACUCUCAUCCUGUCCAAGGUGGGGGUCUCCCAGCAGCCUGAGGACAGCCAGCAGGACCUGCCUGGGGAGCGUGAGUCCCUGCCCUUGCCCGGGCCCAGUGUCCUCCUGGUGCAGCGAUGCGGGGGUUGGGGGGUGAGGGGGCUGCGGAGCCCGGCAGGCCCCAGGCCCCGCCCCCCCCUCCGCGCACAGGGCACGCUGCAGCAGUUCGUGGACAACUUCUUCCAAAGUGUGCUGGCGCCCGAGUUCGCGGUGCCGCCGGCGGUCAAGUACUUUUUCGACUUCCUGGACGAGCAGGCGGAGAAGCACGACAUCAAGGACGAGGACACCAUCCACAUCUGGAAGACCAACAGCUUACCGCUCCGGUUCUGGGUGAACAUCCUCAAGAACCCCCAUUUCAUAUUUGACGUGCACGUCCACGAGGUGGUGGACGCCUCCCUGUCGGUCAUCGCCCAGACCUUCAUGGACGCCUGCACACGCACAGAGCACAAGCUGAGCCGGGACUCUCCCAGCAACAAGCUGCUGUACGCCAAGGAGAUCUCCACCUACAAGAAGAUGGUGGAGGAUUACUACAAGGGUAUCAGACAGAUGGUGCAAGUCAGCGACCAGGACAUGAACACGCAUUUGGCAGAGAUUUCCCGGGCACACACAGAUUCCCUGAACACGCUCGUGGCCCUGCACCAGCUCUACCAGUACACCCAGAAGUACUACGACGAGGUCAUCAGUGCCCUGGAGGAGGACCCUGCCGCCCAGAAGAUGCAGCUGGCCUUCCGCCUCCAGCAGAUCGCAGCUGCUCUUGAGAACAAGGUCACAGACCUCUGACCUCUGGUCUUUGCCACCAUGGUCUCGGGGCACAGCAGAGGAAGAGCCCCUAAGCAUCCAAGUGGGUGAGGUGGGGUGCCCACCUCAGCGCCUGUAGCCACGUGGCAUCUUUCUCCUGAGCAAUAGUGCCGGGCGCCCUCCAGCACCAGCCCCUCCUGCAGAACCAGCAUCGGCGUCCUCUCCGAGUGCAGCCUCCCGAGCAAAUCGCAAACGUGCCUUUCGCCCCUGGCGCCGUGCCGUGUCACCGGGGGCAGUCGGGACUCAAGGCCUCCCUUCCCAAGCACCAGCAGCCGCCUCAUGCCUGGGUUUGGCCUCCCUGGGUGGGGUCUGAGUGCCUGCAGCCCCCAGGACCCAGUGCCCAGACAGUGCGUCUGCCCGCCUGGGCGGGAGGAGAAAAGCGGUACGAUGCCUUCCUGACCUCACCGGGCUGUCCCACGGGCGCCAGCUCUCCAGUGGACUCCCAGCCGCGAGCCCCACCUUAAAGGUCAAGCCGGACGUCAGACGUCGAGGCCCAGGUGACCAGAGCAGACUGGGGGUCCUGGUCUCGGCCUGUCAGACAGGCGGUCCUGCAGGCCCUGCCCGGGUCUGGGGGGCCAGGAUCAGCCCUACCAGGACCACCCCACCCCUUUUGUAAAUCUUGUUAAUUGUAAAUCAAAUACAGCCGUCUUUUUCACGCUG